AAACCACUCUGCUUCAGCAGAACAAAUGGCGGCGAAAACAAGCAUUUGAAGAAUUGGUUCAAAGAUAUCAAGUAAAAAGUCGUUAUUUUGUGAACGACAAAGUUUUCAGAAAUGGCUUCAGCUCUGGAAAAUUAUAUUAGUAAAACAGUGUCUAUAGUGACUGCUGAUGGACGAAUCAUUGUGGGUACUUUGAAAGGUUUUGAUCAGACGAUUAACUUAAUCUUAGAUGAAAGCCACGAAAGAGUGUUUAGCUCUACUUCUGGAGUUGAACAAGUUGUAUUAGGACUAUACAUAAUCCGUGGUGACAAUGUGGCGGUGAUUGGUGAAAUAGAUGAUGAUGCAGAUUCUUACUUGGACCUAAACAGCAUAAGAGCAGAGCCCCUUAACCCUGUAGUGCAUUAGGAAACUUAACUUUCAUCAUGUAAAUUUUCAUAACCAUUUCAAAACAAAAAAAAACAAAAAUUAAAAAAACAAACGUUUUAUUUUUCUUUUAUCAUCACAAUAUUUUUGUUCUUCAUAAAAUUUUUAAAGGAUUUUAAAACUGAUUUUCUUCAUGUUCUCUUACCCACUACUCCACAAAAAUAACUUCAAAAAACAAAUAAACACCUCUCCAAACUUAUGUAUCACAUAUAAAGAAAAAUGCAUUUUCUUAAGGUAAAUAUAUUAUUAAUUUUUA